UUGGUUAGGGCCAUGAUGGCGGGGAACGAGGGAGGGACCUCAUUGGUGGACACGACGGCAGUAGGGCAGUCAGGAGGCUGCUGAUUGGUGGGUGCCGUGGCGGUGGGGCAGGCAGGAGGGAGCUGAUUGGUGGGUGCCGUGGCAGUGGGGCAGUCAGGAGGGAGCUGAUUGGUGGGUGCCAUGGCAGUGGGGCAGUCAGGAGGCUGCUGAUUGGUGGGUGCCAUGGCAGUGGGGCAGUCAGGAGGCUGCUGAUUGGUGGGUGCCAUGGUGGUGGGGCAGGCAGGAGGGAGCUGAUUGGUGGGUGCCGUGGCAGUGGGGCAGGCAGGAGGGAUCUGCCUUGUUCCCUCCGCCAGCACCGACUGUGGUCCCAGGGAGGCAGCAGCAGCGCGGGACAGUGACAGCAGCGAUGGGUGCUGGGACGGAGCCGGCAGAGGGACGUGUCGACGCAUGGCAGGGGAGGAUCUACCUGGACCACAAUGCCACCACCCCGCUGGCCCCCGAGGUGGCCCAGGCCUUGGGGGACGCCAUGCACCAGGCCUGGGGCAACCCCAGCAGCUGCCACCCGGCAGGCAGGAAGGCAAAGGAGCUCAUCAGCAGUGCGCGGGAGAGCCUGGCGAGGAUGGUGGGGGCCCGGCCAGAGGACAUCGUCUUCAUGUCGGGGGGCACAGAGGCAAACAACAUGGUGAUCCACACCGCCCGCAGGCACUUUUCUGACAGCCGGGCCGGGCUGGGGGACGGUGGGGGGAUGCCCCACAUCGUGACGUCAAGCGUGGAGCACGACUCGGUCCGCCUGCCUCUGGAGCAGCUGGUGACAGAGAGCCUGGCGGAAGCCACCUUUGUGCCUGUGUCCUCACAAAGCGGGCGGGUGGAGGUGGAUGACGUCCUUGCCGCCGUCCGGACGACCACCUGCCUGGUUUCCAUCAUGUUGGCCAAUAAUGAGACCGGGGUCAUCAUGCCUGUUGCAGAGCUAAGCCAACGCAUCCGUGCCCUCAACCAGCGGAGAGUGGCAGAGGGGCUGCCCCGGAUCCUGGUGCACACUGAUGCAGCGCAGAUGAUUGGCAAGGGACGUGUGGAUGUGCAGGAGCUGGGGGUGGACUACCUGACCAUCGUGGGACACAAGUUCUAUGGCCCACGGAUUGGUGCGCUGUACGUGCGUGGCCCGGGCACUGCCACCCCGCUGCACCCCAUGCUCUUUGGAGGGGGACAAGAGAGGAGUUUCCGGCCAGGCACUGAGAACACCCCAAUGAUCGCUGGCCUUGGCCAGGCUGCAGAGCUAGUGAGCAAGAGCUGGGAGGCCUACGAGGCUCAUAUGCGGGAUGUUCGGGAUUACCUGGAAGCCAGGCUGGAGGCCUCCUUUGGGAAGCAGAGGAUCCACUUCAACAGCCACUUCACAGGCUCCAAGCGACUCUGCAACACCUCUAACUUCUCCAUCCUGGGCCCAGGCCUUCAAGGGCGAAGGGUGCUGUCUCGCUGCAAAACACUUCUUGCCAGUGUUGGGGCUGCUUGCCACUCUGAGAAAGGGGACCGGCCCUCCUCGGUUCUGCUGAGCUGUGGGAUCCCCUAUGACGUGGCGCAGAAUGCCUUGCGGCUGAGUGUGGGGCGAGACACCACCCGGGCAGAUGUGGACCUGGUUGUGCAGGACCUCGUGCUGGCUGUGGCUCAGCUGGACCAGGACCAAGCCCCAUAGACCCUGGGAAUCGCUCUCCAGUCAUCACCCAGGUUCUCAGGACGGGAUUGUGCCUUGCUCAGCCCCUGGUUGCUGGCUGCCUGUGUCAGAUUUGGCUCAGGUUUUGCACCUCAUCCCUAAGUUGAGCUGACUCAGCCUGCAGUUUGGGAUCGUGGACCAGACGCUGGGGAGGUGGUGGCUGGUGGUGGCAGGAGGAGGAAGCAGGGUCAUCCGUUUCAGCAGCAGUGUGCUCUUAGGUCUGCUUAGCUGCAUCUCAGCUUGCACUCACAGCGAUCACGGCGGGGCCAGCACAGCUCUGCAGCACAUGUGGCAGGAGCAGAGAAGCCAGCACAGGCACGGGAGGCAGCAGGGAGCAGUGCUGAGAAGGGGGCUUUGCUGCUUUGGGGCUGGGGGAGCUCAUCAAGAGCUUGUUCAAGACUCUGUCAGCCCCACUGCACGGUGCCAGCAUUCAGGGAGUCCCGCUGUCAGAUGCUGAUUGCUUGCCAGCACCUACCCAGCUGGCCGCACAUGAUAGUCUCAAAGCUCGGCUCCAUCCAGAGCGUAACAGGCGUGGAAGCCAUAGGAGAUGGAGCCUUUUGCCCUGGUUGCUUCCACAAAGGAAGCUGUCCUGCUGUCUUGUUGCUCAGAGGAGGAAAGACCAUCUGCCCUAGAGGAAAACGAGGGUUGAGAGAAACACAGCAGGAUUCUGGGCUGGGAACUGCCCUGCCCCUGCCAGGGCCCUAAGCUACCAAAGGAUUUUUCGGCUGGGAAGGUGCUGGGCACGGCUUUCCUGGCGCUGCAUUGCAUUCCCUGCUCCCUUUCCUCCUGUCCUUCCUACAGUGGGCAGAGCUCCUGUCGCUGGCUCCGCUUGCUCUGAAAGGAAGGGUUUUGUCGAGGCAGCCAGAACUGUGCCAGCACCCGAGGAAACACGUCUCCCCUGUUUGGCCCAGGCGGUCGCUCUCAUCGCGGACACGGGAGGACACGAGUGUCACGCAGAUUAGGAGCGUUGCCGGCUGGGCUGACUGAUGUCAGGAAACCUGGUCUCCCUGCAUAUUCAUAGAAAUAAAGCAAUUGCUGCUGCUAUGGCUUUUUCCAAAGUAAAAA